AUUUCUCGGAGAGGAAAAGGGAAGUCAGGCUGCCUCGGCGGGGCAGGCACAGCUCCCGCCGCUCGCUCCGGGCUCCGUUCGUGUCGACUGCCCAGAGUCCAUGAACGAGCCCCGCCGUCCAGGAACCGAGCCCAGCCCGCCCUGCCCGCGCUGCCCAGCAAGCCCGUGAGCCAUGGCCUACCACAGCUUCCUGCUGGAGCCCAUCAGCUGCCAUGCCUGGAACAAGGACCGCACCCAGAUCGCCCUGUGCCCCAACAACCACGAGGUUCACAUCUACCGCAAGGACGGGGCCAAGUGGAGCAAAGUCCAUGAGCUGAAGGAGCACAACGGGCAGGUGACAGGCAUUGACUGGGCCCCUGAGAGCAACCGGCUGGUGACAUGUGGCACUGACCGCAACGCCUACGUGUGGACCCUGAAGGGCAACGUCUGGAAGCCCACCCUGGUCAUCCUGCGUAUCAACCGCGCCGCCCGCUGCGUCAAGUGGUCCCCCAAGGAGAACAAGUUCGCCGUGGGCAGCGGCUCCCGCCUCAUCUCCAUCUGCUACUUUGAGCAGGAGAAUGACUGGUGGGUUUGCAAGCACAUCAAGAAGCCCAUCCGCUCGACAGUGCUCAGCCUCGACUGGCACCCCAACAACGUCCUCCUGGCUGCCGGCUCCUGCGACUUCAAGUGCAGGAUCUUCUCAGCCUACAUCAAGGAGGUGGAGGAGCGGCCCAGCCCCACGCCCUGGGGCUCCAAGAUGCCCUUUGGGGAGCUGAUGUUCGAGUCGAGCAGCAGCUGUGGGUGGGUGCACAGCAUCUGCUUCUCGGCCAGUGGCUCCCGCGUGGCCUGGGUGAGCCAUGACAGCACCCUGUGCCUGGCCGACGCUGGCAAGAAGAUGGCUGUUGCCUCCCUGUGCACCGAGACCCUCCCCCUGCUCGCUGUCACCUUCAUCACCGAGAACAGCCUGGUGGCCGCGGGCCAUGACUGCUGCCCGAUGCUGUUCACCUAUGAGGAGAGCCAGGGCACCCUGACCUUUGGGGGGAAGCUGGACGUUCCCAAGCAGAGCUCCCAGCGCGGCCUCACCGCCCGCGAGCGCUUCCAGAACCUGGACAAGAAAGCAAGCUCGGACACGGCCAAUGCCACCCUGGACACCCUGCACAAGAACAGCAUCAGCCAGAUCUCAGUGCUGACGGGUGGGAAGGACAAGUGCUCCCAGUUCUGCACCACGGGGAUGGACGGUGGCAUGAGCAUCUGGGAUGUCAAGAGCCUGGAGUCAGCGCUGAAGGAUCUCAAGAUCAAAUGAAGGAGCCAUCCAGGAAGGGCAUCCACGCUUCCAGCUGCCCCUGCUCUGCCCCCUGCCUGCUGCUCUCUGCCACUCCCCCCCCCGUGCCACAUGACUGGGCCACACUGCCACCAGUGCCUGUCCCCGCUGCCAGCCAGCCCUGGUGGCUGUUUCCAGACAAAGAAAACCAUUUUUCUUACUAUUUUUUUUACCAUCCUUCCCGAUGCUGGUCAUACAUUGCUUGGAGAAAUAGCAAAUAAAGGAUUUUCCUUGAUAAAUCAAAA